AUGGCAGUCCAGUUGAGAGUCAUUUUAGAAGAACACAACAUUCAAAAGUUGACACUUUCAACAGGAAUUCCUGAUACAGUGGAAGAUCUUGUUUCCAUAGUUACUAAAACUUUCCAACUGUAUGGAGAAAUUGGACUACUAUACCAAGACAAAGACUUUGACAAUCAGUUUUUCAGUCUCACCUCAAGUGCUGACUUACACAACAAGGCCACAAUUAAAGUGAUCCAAAAAGACCCAGUCAUCACCCUUGACCUAAACCCAGUAUAUCAAUCAGAACCAUCAUCUACACUGAGUUCUCCGACUUCAGUGAACACCCAUCCUGCAGGUAAUACUGAAACGGACAUCUCCCCUGCAGAUGAUGAUGCAUCCUCACAUGUGUCCGACUGCGCAUCGUCAAGUUCCAAGGACACCAUUAUUUUACCUGAUUCAUGUCGCCCUGCUGCAUGGCCAGUGCCAUUUCAAGUACCGCAGUUUUCCCGAGACAUAGAGCUAAUCCUCGCAGAGGCAAACAAAUCAUAUCAUGCCACUGGAAAACACUUCAUGGAUGCCCAUGUUAAAUCAUCAAUAAUGCAUGACCUUUCAAAAGUGAUUUUUUCCUACACAGCCUAUCCAUCAAGUCAGCAGAUUCUCUCAGUGGCUGAAGCUCUGGUUGCCAAGUUUCCAUGUCUUAGGGAGCCGGGAUCGUUUGCAGGUUUAUAUGGCUGGCAACAGCGCAUAAAAUAUAAGAUGCACAAUUACCGUGCCAAGCUAAAAUCUCGAAAAUAUGCUUUCCCGGAAAUCGAAGUCAACACACUGAGGAGGAAGCAUCCAGCUGAUGCAGUCCCAUCAAAAAACGUAAAAAAGCCCAAAAAAGCUGAAGUUAAUUACCUCCCUCCACACCCUAUUGGCGAAAGCCAAGACACACUGGAGGAGGAGAGGCUUGAAUUACUUGAUGAAGUGAAGAAGAAAAACAAUGCAAAGAUAAUCGCAGAUAAAAUGAGUAAAACCUUCUCAAGCCGAAGGGUCGAAGUGGUGACCCUCAGCCCCUCUGUGAAUGUGUUUAAAGAAAGGUGGCCAGCAUUAUUCAGUAAGGCUCAGAUCAAGGAAGAGUUCUGUCGUAUAACAACAGUUUCCUUAGAAGAGAAAUUCAUGAUGAAGCUUGAUGGGUACACACCAGGUCUCUUGCAGCUAAUGCGUGCUAAAGGAGGAGCUGCUGGUUCCAAGAUACGCCCUCUGCUGGACACUGUAAAUGACUCACAGAGCAUUGAGAAAAAAAGGGAUGCAGUUGUCUGCUGCCUCAUUGGCUACCUGGGUGAAAGACAAGAAGAUCUUUUCCAUGACUGCCAGGAAUGUGAGGACCACACAGACAAAACAAUGAAGGUGAUUGUGAAGCACAACAUCAUGGCUGAGGAGGAUCCAUCAGAUGUGUCUAUUGUGAUUGAGGGAAACACAGUGAUGGAAGGAUGUGGAAGUCGAACAAAGGCGUGUGUUCUGCUGAUGGGACUGAUAUAUGCCCUCAACCUUGAAUAUCCAAAGCAGCUGAAGAACACGUUUGAAACUUUUCAAAAACUUUUUUUGGAGCUUGACGGGGCGAAACUACUGAAGAAGGUCCACAGCCUCAAAAGUAAGCUCAUGCAAUAGACACACACACACACACACACACACACACAGACACACACACACACACACACCAUUGCUCUGACUUCCCCAGAUUAACAGAAAAGGAACACUAGAAAGUGGCCGGCCUGGUCAAUACCACUGAAUGUAGCCUGAAGAAAUUUGAUCUCUUCCUCUAUACCCUCCUCUUCCCCUCACCCUUAGUUUGUUUUAAAGAUGUUGGUGUUCACUUGUUCUAUCCUUAUCUAGAUGUUUGAUACUGUACGUGCACAGGAACAAUGUUGUAGAGUUUCCGUGUGUGCUUUUGACUGUUAAAAUAGAAUAAGUGGCCUCUGAAAGUGUUACAGUAUUUGAAGCUGUAAGCUUAGCGAACAGGUUAAUUCCUUCAAAUAUUGUGUGAAGAUGUUGUAUUGCACUUUAUUCUGUGUUUGGAUCAUUGCUGCAUGUAAACAAGGCGGUUCAGUUAUUUGUUGUAUAAAUGCACCUGCAGAUUUGGUAAGUCACUGUUAUGUAAAGUUAAAGAGUUUGGAUACAAAAAAAUCCUCAUGUGACUGGACACCUCUAGGAGCUCUGCUCUGAUCUUCUCACUUCUCAUUUCUUCUGCUCUCCUUUCUUCUCUUCUCUGCUCUGAUCUCCUUUUCCGUUCAUUUCCUCUUGUCUUCUCUGCUCUCCUCUUCUCUUCUAUCCUCUGCUCUGCUCACUUCUUCUCUUCACUGCUCUGAUCUCCUCACCUCUCCCCUCAUUUCUUUUGCUCUCCUCUCUUCUCUCCUCACUUCUCUUCUCUGCUCUGAUCUCCUUUUUCUUUUUGAGCAAUGUGGGAAGAUGCGUUUGUCAUCUAGAAACAACAUUUGAAGAUGUUAGUUUAGUGAGUUAUAUAACAUGUUCAUACCUUGAAAAGCUGUGUGAAGCUGUUUAUUGCACUUUAUUCUGUG